CGUUAGCGCAACCCAGCUUCAACCGCCAGCCCGGGAGCUGGUGUGUCGUCCGAUUGACGAACCACUUGCUUGCCAAACCAACGAUGACGACGGUCCCCGAGGAGCACUACCCACAACUACAACAACCACACACGAUACACAUGUAGUUAUCGCAGCAGCAAAUGAUCGAACGAUAACCCGCGACGUCCCCAAUCAACCGAACACCGCCUCGACCACCACCACUACCACAACCGACUCCCCUCCGGCCACCACCAAGCCCGGACCGGGCCCCCAACCAAGCACAAUGAGCUACUACUUCGCAAUAAUCGGCACGCAGGACAACCCGCUGUUCGAGUACGAGUUCGGCACCAGCAAGCAAGGCGGCGACGGCCAGUCGCGCUUCACCGAGCAGGCGCACCACCUGAACCAGUUCGUGCUGCACAGCAGCCUGGACAUCGUCGAGGAGGUGCAGUGGAUGAACGGCCAGCUGUAUAUGAAAGUAAUCGACAAGUUCUUCACCAACUACAUAUCCUGUUUCAUGACCGGCGGCAACGUCAAGUUCCUUCUGCUGCACCAGCCCCCGCAGACGGAGGAGGCCAUCAAGAAUUUCUUCAACGAGGUGUACGAGAACUACGUCAAAGCCAUCAUGAGCCCGUUUUACAAGGUCAACAUGGAAGUUCGGAGUCCGGUGUUUCGGCAGAGGGUUGCAGCGGCUGGGAGGAAAUACUUGUGA